AUGGUGCUUCAGCGAAACCGCCGACGGCAGAGGAAGAAGAAGGGAGGUGGCGCGCCGCCGCCAGGUGCACUCGCCGCGGCUGCAGCAGCAGGUCGACUGCAGCUGGCGAGCGAGGACGACGGGGCGGGGAGCAGCGGCGAGAUCACGUGCUCAGGAGAUGCUCCACGUCUCGUCUCAGGAAGUGGUGCGCCGCACGCGUUCCACGACGACGACACAUCCUUCUUCUCGCCGGUGUCCAGCUCAGUUCAUCUGCCUGGAGGCGGCGCAGUGGAGAUGCUUGGGAAGCCGCGUCAGCGCCAGGCGCGCGCGGCGCAGGGCGGGGUCGACUCCAGAAACAGCGUCGAGAAGCGCGAGUACGGAGGCAGUGGCGAGGAGGGCGAUGGUGUCGAGCCGAGAGAGGAAGAGGGCGAAUGGAGCGUCACAGACAGCGACGGACAGUAUUCCAAGCACGAGUCCGACGACGACGAAUUCGAGACGUCGCCGCGCCGAAUCGACAACGAAGAAGGCGACUCGUCCUACUCGUCGCCGGGGGAAGAAGUUGAGGAAGGGUACGACGACGAGAGCAAUCCUCCCCUGGACAUGAGCGGCGACGACGAAGGCGAGGACGAUGAAUACGAUGAGGACGAAGACGAAUACGGGGACUCUGCUGGCGAUCUGAGUCAGCAGGAAGAUGACGCCAGCCCCGGCUCGCGGAAGAGCCCCGACGCGUGCGGCUCGGGCGGGGCCUCGCGAGAAACCACCGGCUCGGUCGCCCCCGGUGUGGGCUCUGCGGGCGCCCAGGGCGACGCCGCAGACGCAGACGACGACGCAGCGCGAGCCAACAUGGAGAGCGACAUGUACUUCACCGAAAGCGACGAUGAGGACGCCAAGGAGUACAAAAAGGGUGGAUACCAUCCCGUAGAAAUUGGCGAAAUCUACAACCGCCGCUAUCGAAUCGAAGCCAAGCUGGGAUGGGGGCAUUUCAGCACCGUCUGGCUCGCUACAGAUCUUCAGUCGUCGCCUUUGGAGUACGUUGCGAUCAAAUUUCAGAAGAGCGCAAAGCACUAUACAGAGGCGGCUGUCGACGAAGUGCAUCUUCUCACGGCCGUCAAGAAAGGCGUCGAGAACGCGAUCUGGCGAGAAGCCUCCAAGAGCUACAGUGAUAUUGUGAAGGAGCGCCUAGCGGAGGCUGGCCCUCUCGAGACGAAUAACUCGUGUCUCCCCCCACCGCCCUUUUCCCCAACUUCUUCGCGAACGCCUCCGCCGGUCGUUGUCUUUAAAGAGAACUUCACACACAAGGGCCCUCACGGCGAGCACAUGUGCCUCGUCUUUGAAGUUCUUGGCCCGAACUUGCUCUCGCUGAUCAAGCGGUUUAACUUUCGAGGGCUGCCGAUGAAUCUCGUGAGGCGCGUGGCGACAGACGUCCUCUACGGGCUGUCCUACCUGCAUGAUGUCUGCGACAUCAUCCAUACAGAUCUGAAGCCUGAGAACGUCUGCGUCUCGGCGUACCCGCUGCCGCCGCCGGUGCCGCCGACUGGCGGCGCGGGCCUGGUGCCUUCGUUGCUUUCUGCAGAGAGCCGCAAGCGCGAACGCAGAAAGCGUAAGAAGCAAAACAGGAAGCAGCGCAAGAAGGCCCAGGCUGCCGCGGAGGCCGCGGCCGCAGAGAAAGACGGCGCCGAGGAGAAGCUGGACAAGGGCGAGGCCGCCGAAGACGAUGAGGAGGACGACGAGCCAGGCGCAGAGAACGCGGGGGAGGACGCAGAAGGCGGAAAAGACGCAGAGGGGCAGCCACAAGCGGCCGGCGACCUCCACGGGGCCGCCGCGGGCAAGGUGGAGGACCAAAGAGAAGAAGAAAGUGCAGAGAACACGCCGCCCUACGUGAAGGGCAAAUUGCGCCCGAGCCGCUCAGACCCGUCACUUCUCACUUCGUAUACAGACAGCAUCCACGCUGUACAGGGAACACUCAACAAGCACAUGUAUAACUACGUCGGCUACUCGCAGUUCCGCAGCCCUGCGGCCUACUGCUGCCCUCGCAGCGGGCGCCGCGUGAUGUAUUGGCUCCCGAUCGACUACGACGAGAGGGAGGAGGCGUGCGACGCGAAGGACAAGGGGCCGCAGCCGACUGGAAAGAAGGGCGGAAAGAGGAAGAAGGGAAAGAAGGCGAAGGCCGCCGCCGGCGAGGACGCGAAGGCGCCGACGGCCACCGGCGCCCAGGUCGGCGGCGACAAACCGGCAGCUCCUGCGAAGAAGAAUGAAGAGGGCGACGCGGCGGCGGCGGCGCAGAAGAAGAAGCGCGUCCCAGGAAAGGAGGCUCAGCAACUGCCGCUGCUUCACGACGACCUCCUCCUGCACCCAGUCGCCGAGGGCAUCUACGCCAAACAACAGAAAGCGUCGCCUGGCGGAGGCGCCGGAAAGGGGGACAGCCCCCAGGGCGACGCCGCGGCCGCCAAAAAGGGCGAGGAAGAAGGAACGACCAACGACAGCGACGUCCUCAUGUGGGGGCCCUACGUGAAGCUUGCGCCGGGCGAAGACCCCCCGAAGGAGAUGACCGUCGUCAACACCACGGAGGGACGCAUCUGCAUCAAGCCGCUUCCCCCCUCGUCGUUUGUCUUUGAGCAACCGAGGGCGGUGUACAAGCUCUGCGACUUGGGGAACGCCUGCUGGGGCAAUGAGCACUUCACAGAGGACAUUCAGACGAGGCAGUAUCGCUCUCCCGAGGUGAUCAUUCGAGCAGGCUACGACUGCUCUGCCGACGUCUGGUCCUUUGCCUGCAUGCUGUUCGAGUUGAUCACCGGCGACUACCUCUUCGACCCGAAGUCGUCGCAGUCUUUUGACCGCGACGAAGAUCAUCUGGCGCUGAUUAUCGAGCUGCUGGGUCUUUUCCCGACUGACUUCGUCAGCCGCGGGCGGCUCUCGAACAAAUACUUCCGCGGAAACAGCAGCCAGCUGCGCCGCAUUCAGCAGCUCCGCUUCUGGCCCUUGGAUGCCGUCCUGCGGGAGAAGUAUCACCUGCCGGCGAUUGAGGCGGAGUCGCUGUCGGACUUUCUGCUUCCCAUGCUCGUCAUCGAUCCGCAGCACCGCCAGUCAGCGGCCCAGAUGCUUCAGCAUCCCUGGCUCCGCAUGCGCACCAUGCAGGACGAGAUUGUCUAUGCGCAGAUGCGGCGCAACAUGCAUGUGAGCCAUCCGGCGAUCGACGGCCUUCUUCAUACUGCGCCGGCGGAGGAGGAGGAUGCGCCCCUGGCGCGGCCUGCGCCUCGCAGCAUCGCCGCGCACGACGCGUUGACUGCGUCGCUAGUCUCCGGCGCGGCGCCAGGCGCCUCGCAGGCGGCGUUGGUCGCCGCGCAGCACCUCGCGCACACGCAUCUCCCGUACGAGAGUCUCUUCGCGGCAGGCCUCGAAUCUGCCGGGGCGGCUGCCGGCACGGGCGUCGCAGCCCUUGCUGCGCCCCCCACGGCGAAGAGCCCCGCGUCCCCCGCCUUGGUGGGAGGCACCUCGUCACCUCUGGUCGCAGGCGCCGGCGGAGCGUCCGCGCCCGCGCGGAACGCCUACGCGAGUGGCGCCCUGGAAGCAGCUGUCGCGGCUCUCGCGCGGCCUUCCGCAGCUUCUUCGGCGCCCGGCGCGAGCUCAGUCUCUCUCUCCUCGGCGGCUGUGGGCCUCGCGGUCGUCUCGGGCGGGGUUGGAGCCGCGCGCCUUCCGGGCACGCUCUCGCCCGUCGUCACUGUGGAGGCAGGGGAACACGCCGGCCCGCAGCCCGACCAGACGUCUCCUGUCUCGGCCUGCUCGCCGCUGGCCUCUCACCCGGCGUAUCCGCUCGCUGCAGAACCGCGCAGCCCGCUGCCUCCGGCGGCGGCCGCGGGGGUCGCACCCGAGGGAGCGCCGGCAGCCGGGGAGCGAGGCGAAGAAGUGAACAGUACACGAAGCGGCGGGGCGGCUGCCGCGUUUCUGGGAGACUCACCGCUCACCGGAGCGACGUUCCAUCUCGGCGCGCCCCAGCAGCCCGUCUCUGCUUUCGGCGCUGAAGUCAGCGGCGCCGCAGGGAGCCUCUUCAGUCCGCAGCUGCCGCCGCAGGAGCUCCAGCAGCUCCUUAUGCUUCUGCCGGCGGAAAAACAGCAGGCGCUUCUACAGGAACACAGCGUCGUGAGCGCGGCAGCGAGGGCCGUCGUGGACUCGCCUGUCGCAGUCCGAGGAACCAUUUCCUUGGAUGGGUUCGACCAGACGUUUCUCGUCGGGCGAGUGGAGCAGGCGCCAACGACUUCGUCGCCGCCAAGCACGUCUUUCGCACUCGGCCGCGGGACGGGGUUGAGGACGCCCCUGUCGGCGCGGCCCUCUGUCAGCGACCAGGGGCCUGCAUCCGCGGCUGAACUUGCCGCGGUGGCGUCGUCGUCUGCGCGGGGUCCCGUGGCCCGCCUGAGCCAAGCGCUAGGGGCUGAGGAGCAACUGGGCAGCGCCGACCGCCGCUCGGAGUCUUUCGACAAACAGGAGCAGCUGCGCCAGCAAGUGCUCGCUGGCGUUGCCUCGUCCAUUAUUGGCGCGGAUCGUCGCGUCCUGAACAGUACCGACGGCUUCGCGGCCAUGCAGCAACAAUCUUGCUCGUCUUUUACUCCUCUGGGCACGCCCGGCGACGCGCGCGUGGAUAGCCGCAUUUUAGGGACUUGCGCGUCGGAUCUCGACUUUUCGAGUGAAGCAGCUUUGACAACUGACGUGGCUGGAGCAGACGCGCGAGGUGCCGUUCACGUGCUUCUUCCUGGGGCGGACGGUCGCAGCCAGCCACAAGCCAGCCGCAGCACGCUUCCCAGCAGCUCGGCGAGCGGGAGCUUCCCGUGGCCUGUGCAAGGUCAACAACAGAUUACCAGCGCCGAGCUUCUCGCCGCGUUCAAGCAGGACCAGCGGCAGGUCGGCAGUUGCUUUUCGUUCGACAGCCACAACGCUGGCCCGGUGUCGUCCGGCGCCCAGGUCAAAGCCGGCGGCGCGUCCGAUCUAAAGCAACACAUUCCGUACGGGACGUGCGCAGCGCAGCAGCUUGCGCUUGCAGGAGCUCCCGGCGUCGAGUCCUUCGGAUCACAACAGGUGCAUCCGAUUGGAGGCGGCAGAGAAAAUGCAUUUUCUGGAGUCACGAGGAAGGAAGACGAGCGGGGGUGGCAACCGACGGCAGUCGCUGCGUGCCAGCAGUGGCGCCCGGACUGUCCAAGCAUCAACUUCCACCCGUUCCCGGCCCACCGUCACCAGCAGCUGGAGCAGUUGGUGUCCCAAGACGGAGUUCAACGUCAGAUGCAGCACAAGUUUCAGGGGGGCGAGAAAGACCAGCGUGAAAAAUUGAAGCAGCAGCUUUUGCGUCAGCAGGAGGACCUCACUCGCCUGCUAGGGAGGGCGCAACAACAGUUUCAGCAACAGCAGCAGCUGCAGCAACAGUGA